AUGUACCCCCAGACUUCUCCUACGGCCUUCUCCCCAACGACUGAAGGCUUCCCAGCCUCAGAGCGGGAUCUCUUUGCCUUUCCAAUCCAGCCAGAAAAUCAAUACAUGACUCCUACAUUCCCCACAACCCCCGGAGCCUCCACAUCGGAUUUCCAAUCUAGCCCCCCAGAUCCACUCGAAGGAGCUUAUGUCUACCAUUCCCCAGAAUUCACCUACCAGAACUACAAUCCGGCACACGAACACAACUACAGGAUGACACGCCCCCAACCAACCCAAGUAAACUACAGCCCACCGUUGCAGCAACGAGGAGCACGUCUAGAGCCCGCUCCUGUUAUAAGAGAAGCACGCCAUUACCGUCGCAGCUCUAGUGCCGUACAUUUCACUGAGGGAAAUUUCGUCCAAUCCGGCUUUCGAUGCGAGUGGAAAGGAUGUAGAUAUCCUGGUGCUUUUGGUCGGAAGUUCGAGUUAAAGCGACAUGUCGACACGCAGCAUAUUUCCCCGAAUUCGUUCGAGUGUCCCGAUUCGAGAUGUAGGAAGUCGUACAAUCGAAAGGAUAACCUGGAAGAGCAUUUGCGGAGGGCACACUGCUACGACAUUUGA